AUGUUAGAAAUAACAAAUAGUUGGUGUGUAAAUAUUGAUAACGGCCUCUUUAAUGCAGUUGUUUUCAUUGAUCUAAAGAAAGCGUUUGAUACUAUAGAUCACAACAUACUUCUGAUUAAAUUAAAACAUUAUGGAGUAGAUGAUAAUGCUUUGACAUGGUUCCACUCAUAUUUAACAAAUCGGAAACAAAAGUGUUUUGUCAAUGGGAACUUUUCCGACAGUUGUCCCAUAACUUACGGGGUUCCUCAGGGCUCUAUUAUUGGUUCUCUUUUGUUCUUAGUCUAUAUCAAUGACCGGCCUGAAUGCCUGAAUGAGGGGUUACCUAGAAUGUAUGCCGAUGAUACCAACAUAAGUUUUCAAAGUAGUAAAUUUGAUGAGCUUGAAGAUCUUUAUGAACAUCGAACUUGGAAAACUAAAAAGAAAGUCUUAAUGUUAAUAA